CCAAAUAUAGGACCAGACAAGCAGAGUAAAAAUCUAGAGAUGAUCGAAAAGAUGAUAGAAAAGAUAAUUAUAGGAAAGAUGACUAUAGAAGAGAUGAACGUAGAAGAUCUCAUUCUCGUAGCCGUGAUUGCUCUUAUAGAAGUUCUUCACGAGACAGAAGAAAUUCUAGAGAAAAUUCUCGAGAAAGGAGCAAAUAUUCAGACUCUUAUAAUAACAAUAGUAGGAGAACUGGCUUCCACUCUCCCUCACCUUAUCGUAGAGACAUUAACUACCUUGGUUAUGACAGUACUCCACCUUCAGCCUCCCCA